AUGGGCGGCUGCUGCCUCUCCGCCGAGGAGAAGGAGUCGCGGAGCGUCAGAGCGGAGAUGGAGCGGAAGCUGCGCCGGGACAAGCGGGAGCUGAAGCUGCUGCUGCGGGGCACAGGAGAAAGUGGAAAGAGUAAGUUCAUUAUACAAAUGAGGAUUAUGCAUGGAUCAGGUUACACUGAAGAAGACAAGAAAGGCUUCACAAAACUGGUUUACCAAAACAUAUUUACUGCCCUGCAAGUGGUGAUCAGAGCCAUGGAUACUCUCAAGAUACAGUACAUAUCCAAAGAGAAUGAGGAGAGUGCUCAGACGAUCAAAGAAGUGGAAGUGGAUAAGGUGGUGGAAGUGAUGCUGGAAAGAAACCAAGUGGAAGCAAUCAAGAAGCUCUGUGAAGACCCCAGAAUUCAAGAAUGCUAUGACAGACAGAGCAAGUACCAACUGUCAAGUACCAGCAAAGUGAAUCAAAUGGAAGAAACCAAGAUAGAUGGCUGA